AUGGAAUUUUUUCUGGCAUUUGCACUCCAAGUCCUUUUUGUUUGUGCUGUGAUUGCGUCACCAGCAGCACCGAAGGAUGGUCAAGUGGUGGGAGAUGGUAAGAUUGUGGGUGGGUAUGCUGUGGAAAUUGAGAAGCGCCCCUUCCAGGCGGCUCUUAUGUACCGCAAUCGCUUCCUCUGUGGUGCUUCCAUAAUCUCCAAAAAAUGGCUCCUAACAGCUGCUCAUUGCACAAAGGGUGGAAAGGACAAGCACUUCAGCGUGAGGGUGGGCUCCACUCAUCAUGCAUCCGGUGGGGAGGUAUUUAAUGUGCACGAGGUAAUAAAUCACCCAGACUACGAUCGUGACACCGUCAACAUGGAUUUCGCCCUACUCAAACUCAAAGAGCCCAUUGAGUUCAACGAGAAGAAGCAGCCAAUACAUUUGUCUGAACUGUGGGAACCCGUCGCACUUAACAGCCGCUGUACCGUAUCCGGUUGGGGAGAGACACGAGACUACACCGAAUCAAAUGACAGCCUCAGGGCGGUGGAUGUAUUCAUCCUGGAUCCGGAAGUUUGCCGUAAGGCUUACUCCAAGUUCGGUGACAUCUACAAUGAGCACAUGGUGUGUGCUGGGCACAUGGACGGCGGGAAGGAUGCCUGUUUCGGGGAUUCCGGUGGCCCACUCAUCUGCGAUGGUCGUCAUGUGGGGGUUGUUUCAUGGGGUGCUGAUUGUGCCUUGGCAGGACAUCCGGGUGUUUAUGCAAAAUCAGCCGUGAUUCGCGAAUGGAUAAGGGAGAACUCAGGUGUCUAA